AUGUGGGAGGAUUAUUUUUCCGUUCAGAUCUUCUUUAUCAUUUUGAGGGAGACGCUGGAGUCGGCCAUCAUUGUGUCCGUGCUUCUGUCGUUUUUGAAACAGAAUUUUGCCACGGAGGCGAAAAACUCCACUCCCUCUGCUUUGUAUCGGGGACUCGUUUUGCAGGUGUGGGUCGGCGCGAUUUCCGGGCUCGCGAUCUGCUUGUGCCUGGGAGCGAUUUUCAUUGCCGUGUUCUAUCUGUUGGGAAGCGACGUCUGGUCCAAAGCUGAACGUGUUUGGGAAGGCGUGUUUAGUAUCAUCAGUGCGAUCCUGAUCGCGGUCAUGGGUAUGGCCCUUUUGAGAGUCAACCAACUGCAAACCAAGUGGAAAUGGAAGCUGGGAGCAGCGUUGAGCGAAAACAACACCGACACGCAGAUCGAGGCCGACGUUCGUGACGAUCCAAUGGCCGACACCAUAACAAGAGCAGUCAAGGUGCGAACCAAACUUCGGAGAUUCGCCAGAAAAUACGCACUGGGACUGUUACCGUUUGUGACCACGCUUCGUGAGGGACUCGAGGCCGUUGUGUUUGUUGGUGGAAUUGGAAUCAACCAGCCAGUGUCGUCAUUCCCUUUGGCUAUCAUCACAGGAGCAAUUUCUGGAACCUUGAUCGGCUACGUGUUGUACAAGGGCGGAAACAGAAUGUCGUUGCAGUUCUUCCUUGUGCUCGCCACGUGUUUCCUGUACCUGGUUGCCGCGGGACUCAUGUCCAGAGGAGUGUGGUUCUUGGAGCUGGAGCAGUUUGUGCAAAAAUGCGGCCAGGACACCUCGGAAACAGGUAGCGGGCCGGGUUCGUACGACAUCUCCAAGUCGGUGUGGCACGUCAACUGUUGUAACGGACUGACCGACGGCGGAUGGAUGCUACUCAAUGCGCUGUUUGGAUGGACAAACUCCGCAACCUACGGAUCGGUGUGGUCGUACAUUUUAUUUUGGGGCUUUGUGAUUGUUCUGCUGAAAAACAGAGAAGCACGCAUAACCAAGGGAUAUCUGCCGUGGUUCCCUGUGCGGUACCAAAUCAAACACCUCAAGAAACGGAUCGCCAUCGAGAGAAUCUAUCUGGAGGAUAUUGCGCUUGGAAACGCCGAUAUCAACGCUGCUCCGAACCACGAGGGCACCGAGCGCACCACUCUUUUGCAGAACCCCGGUAAUUAG